CAAGGCCAAACGGAAAUGAGUUGUCUUGGUGAGGCUGCGGAGAGUACAGACGAGCAGUGCGUGCCGGAUCUUGGGUGGGUGAUAACAGGAAUUCCCACGCGACCCGUGAGACCCGCAGGUGGUCGCCGUCGCCUGUCUCUCCUCCGCCGCGGCAGGGGGCGCUGUGGCCAGGAGCGGCUGCCCGAGUCCGCGCGGCGCCGCUCUCUGGGCGGGGUGAGCAAGGGCAGAAGAGGCUGCGGUGGGCCGGCUUCGGCGGCCUCUCAGGCCUUGUCUCUCUCAGCAUCUGACUGUGCACUCCUCAAGCCCUCCGGCACCAUGGGGAAGCGGGACAAUCGGGUGGCCUAUAUGAACCCAAUAGCAAUGGCCAGAUCAAGGGGUCCAAUCCAGUCUUCAGGGCCAACAAUACAAGAUUAUCUGAAUCGACCAAGGCCCACCUGGGAGGAAGUGAAAGAGCAACUAGAAAAGAAAAAGAAGGGCUCCAAGGCAUUGGCUGAAUUUGAAGAAAAAAUGAAUGAGAACUGGAAGAAAGAACUAGAAAAACACAGGGAGAAACUAUUAAGUGGAAGUGAGAGCUCAUCUAAAAAAAGACAGAGAAAGAAAAAAGAAAAGAAGAAAUCUGGUAGGUAUUCAUCUUCUUCUUCAUCAAGCUCUGAUUCUUCCAGCAGUUCUUCAGAUUCUGAAGAUGAGGAUAAAAGACAAGGAAAAAGGAGAAAGAAAAAGAAGAACCGUUCACAUAAAUCUUCAGAAAGCUCCAUGUCAGGAACUGAAUCAGACAGUAAGGAUAGCUUUAAAAAGAAAAAGAAGUCAAAGGAUACAACUGAGAAAGAAAAGGACAUUAAAGGACUCGGCAAAAAAAGAAAGCUAUAUCCUGAAGAUAAACCUUUAUCAGCUGAGUCCUUGUCAGAAUCAGACUAUAUUGAGGAGGCACGAGCAAAAAAGAAGAAAAGCAGUGAAGAGCGAGAAAAAGCAACAGAAAAAACAAAAAAGAAAAAGAAGCAUAAGAAACAUAAUAAGAAGAAGAAAAAGAAGGCUGCUAGUUCAAGUUCUGACUCACCAUGACAUUAAGAAAAAUCAGGA